UAUAAAUGGUUUGGAGACUUCAAAAGUUCAGAUCUCCAUAGUCCUUUAAUCCCAACAUCAUUUACAUAAACACAUUUCUUUAACCUCAUUUCAUUAUUAUUAUGUUGACUUCUUUAGCUCGCUUCACAGUGGCUCUUGCUCUCACUUCAACUGUUCUUGGUGCUGCUAUUCCAGUGGCGACAGUAACUACUGAUACCACCGCGACUGCUACUUCCUCUACUUCUAGUAGUGAGGCCACUGCCGUUGGUGCUCUGUGGAAGAAUAACGUUCAUGACAAGAUCUCUGAAUCACCUGCAGCAACAGCAAUUACAGAAGGCAGACUUGCUCCUUCCCGGCGGUCCGGUGAACUCUGGCAGGGGAUCGAGCAUGAAGAGGUAGCACGAGACGGAGGAGUACUCUCUCGCAGAUCUGGCGAGCUCUGGCGCGGACUUGAACAUGAAGAGGUAGCACGAGACGGAGGAGCAUCCUCUCGCAGAUCUGGCGAGCUCUGGCGCGGACUUGAACAUGAAGUAGUAUCACGAGACGGAGGAGCACCCUCUCGCAGAUCUGGCGAGCUCUGGCGCGGACUUGAACAUGAAGAAGUAGCACGAGACGGAGGAGCACCCUCUCGCAGAUCUGGCGAGCUCUGGCGGCCUUGAACAUGAAGAGGUCUCGCUUCUUGAGUUAUUUUACGUCAUCCGGAAACCGGUACUUUAUCAACCAUGAGCGCUGAGCGAAGAUCUCCGCGUUCCGGCUGUGUACGCGGGCAUACACAGCAAAGUCGGCCAGUCCCAUGCAGACCUUUAUUGGCAUUAAUAUUACGUACCUUCAUAUAAUUGUUUUUGGCUGAUCACCACUUUAUAGCCCCAUAUAUUGUACCUAUCCUAGCAGCUCACAGCAAGCGCUGAGAGCGUACCUCACAACUUAUGCUCCGCUACUUUAUUAUUUCGAUGGUUACUUACUUUAUACUGAUAAGUUAUUCGUGACAUGUAUGUAUCUGUAGUACGAGUUGAAAUCUAUAUCUGUCCCGAUUGCUG